AUGUACAGAGAACCAGUCAACACGACGGGAAAUGAGGUGUCACAGUUAUUUGUUUACUGUCUUGAUAAUAAUCUUCAGACAAUAAAUCUUGUCAUUGGAACCGCGAUAACCACGACGAACAUAGACUGCAAAGGGAAAGCUUUUCACUGUGUUAAUACAACGCAUUUUAAAAUAUGUGUUGACUUCGGUGGUGUUUCGAAAACUGUUGACGACUUCCUCAUACCCUGUCCACCUAGCACAGUGUGUACAGACAAUAAUUAUUUUGAAUGUGAAUAUCAGAUUCCGGUCACUUCUACAGCAGUGUCAAUACAUAGUGAUGCACCGAAUGAAGCUACCAAUGAAAUGGUAUCAAAUGAUUGGGAAGUAUUUGGUGUUACUACAUUCCAUCCUGUAAAUAGUAAUGACAGAAAAAUAGAGCUUACGGAAAGUAGCACUAUACGUACAGCUGAAAUAGUCUCUGAAGCAGCUUCUGAAACGGCAGACAUAUUAAAUUAUACACCUGUAAAAGAUUUAAUCGAAACUGUUACUGAUAGUGCGCAUAGAUUACAAAAUACAACAAGAAGUGACCUGAUCGAAGCUGGAAACAAUCUUAUAUCUAAUGAUUUAAUAUUGAAUGAUAAUUUGACACUUAGAACAAUAACAACUGCAGAUGAUGUUAAAACUAAUGAUAGUAAUUUAAACACCAAUAUUUUCUCUGCAGCAGUAACCGCAGGAAAUUACCCUGCUACUGAAAGUGUAAUACCGAUUGAAUUAUUUAAUACUAUUCAAACAACACCUUCGAAUACUGUAGAGGGUGCGGAUUUGUCAUCAACUACAUUACUCAAGGGGAUUGAUUAUUUUAACACAUAUAGUUUGCGUACUUCAGAAACUAAUACAAAAAACUCUAGCAAAGAUAUUGAAUUAUCGAUGGGUUUAAAUGAACCUGUUAAAACGACGCCUAUGGAAAAUAUAGCAUAUAAAGAAUCAAUUUCAUCAACAUUGCAUACCCCUAUCGCAACAGAUAAUAAUUUUAGUAUAAGUAGAUUAUCCACAGGAGAGACCACUUACUCAGGUACCGAAAGUAUAAUAGAAACAUCCACAAAUAUCACAGAAAUUAAAAGCAAUGCAACAAGUAAAAAUGAAACAUGGAUUGAUUUAUACAAUACAGAAAAUGCCCAUUUAAGUACUGAUAUUAUUUUAGCUGCAUCAUCUUCUACUGUGGCAUAUAAGGCAAAUGAAAAUUACAUAGUAAAUUCAACACCAGAUACCAUUAAUUACAAUUUAAGUUUUGAUACUGAGUCCACUAAUAGUCAGCAGAGCACAGUAAGUCACCAGGAUGUAAAGUCUUCAACAACAAUAUCAACUAUUGCGAAUGUUUCCGAGGAUUCGUCUCAAAAUAGAUUAGAAGAUUUUUUGAUGCACAAAAAUGACAUAAAUAAGACACUCUCAUCAAGCGUACAUGCUAUUAAUACAACGGAAAAAGAAACAAAACAAUAUGAUUUACACUCUCCAGUUAUAAGUACAAGCACUUUAACUGAAACCAGUACAACGACAUCUUCACCACAUAUAUUAGGUUUGGUGAUAACAGCUGCACAACAAGAUGCAAAAGUCAGCAAUUUACGGAAGACUCAAGCGAACGAUGAAGCACUUACACAUAGCAGAAAUAUUGAAUCUAAUGUGGAGUUUCUAACAACUACACCAUACUUUUCCGCAAUAAAAGAUAAUAUUCCUAUUAUUGAAAUCAUUACACAGAAGCAAUCAAUGAACAACUUAUCUGCUACCACUGAAGCCGAUAAUACGAACGAUACGCCCCAGAAUACGACAACGAUAAAUGUAAAUUUUUCCUACUACUUACCAACUACUACGAGAGCCAAUAGUACUAACAUUAUACUUAAGGAUAUGAAUGUGAUAGAUGUAAAUGCUUCUGAUAAACUAACUACAGCCACUAAACUAACUAAUAUUGAUAAUAAACUCAAUGGUACGAAAACUAUAAAAAUCAAAGAUACUGACAACCUACCUACUACUAUUAAAACUGAUAAUACUAAAAGUUUAUCUAUGGAUAUAAAUGAAUUUCAAUUAAAUGGUACUAAUAAAUUAAGUAUAACUAAAACUAAUAAUUCUAACCUUGCAAACGAAGAUGUCAUUGAUAUAGAUGUUUUCACGAAAGCACUCAAGGAUUCGGAUUCGAAACUCACAGACUUGCCUAAUACCAAGGAAGCCACGAUUACUAACAAUACACUCAGGGAUAUGAAUGUGAUAGAAAUAAAUGCAACUGACAAACUAAAUACUACCACUGAAGCAGCUAAUAUUAACAAUACACUGAAAGAUACGAAAAUGAUUAAUGUGAAUGCUACUGAUAACUUAACUGCUGCCACUAAAGCGGACAAUAUUAAUAAUAAAAUCAAGGGUAAUAUAGCGAUAAACGUCAGUACAAUUGACAAUUUAAUUAAUGCCUUUGAAACUAAUAAUACUAAUAAAGCAAUCAAGGACACGAAAGCCACAGACGUAAAUAGUACUGAUUAUUUAUUUACUACUACGAAAGCUGAUAGUACUAACAAUAUACUCAAAGAUACGAAUGUAUUAUAUGUAAAUGCUACAGAAAAACUAACUACAUCCACUAAAGCGCCUAAUAUUACCUAUACAGUGAAUGAUACGAAAACGAUAAAUGUGAAUGUUAUUGAUAGCAGUAUCAAUGGUACUACCACAGAAGUAGACAAUAUUGACAACGCACUCAAGGAUUCAAAUGCAAUAGAUGUUAAAGGUAUUGACUAUAUAACUAUUGCCAAUGAUAUCAACAAUGCUAACAAAACGCUCGAGGAUACCAAAGUGAAAGAAGUAAAAUCUACUGACAACCUGAUUACUGCUAUUAAAGACAAUAAUAUUAACAGUGGACCCAAGGAUACCAUAGAUGUAAACGCUACUGAUAACUUAACUCUUGCUACAGAAGCUGGUAAUACUAAUAAUGAACUUAAGAAUUCGUCUGUAACGGGCGUAAGGUUUAUUGAUACCUCCAUUGUCAAUAAAGAUAAUGGUAUUAACAAAUCACUCAAUGAUAUGAAUGCGACGGACGUGAAUACAACGGGUAAGUUAUCUACUGCCACUGAAGUCAAUAACACUAACAUUGCACAUAAUAACACGAUCGCUAUUAAUGUCAAAGUUAUUAGUAAUUUUACUGAUACCAUUAAAGCCAAUAAUAUUAACAACACACUUUACAAUAUUAAAGUAACAGACGCAAAUUCUACUGACAACUUACCUACCGCUACGAAUGCUGGUAGUAUUAACAAUACGCUCAAGGAUAUGAAAGUGAUAGAUGUAAAUGCUACUGACAGAUUAACUACAGCCACUGAAGCACUAAAUAUCAGCAAUACACUCAAGGAUACUAAAACAACAAAUAUCAUAACUACCGAUAACUUAGCUGCCACUGAAGCAGAUUAUAUUGACAUUGUACUCGAGGCUACAAAUGAUAUAGAUGUCAAAGCCAAUGAAGUCAUUAAUACUAACAAAAUUACAAAGGAUACGAAAGCGAUAGAAGAAAAUUCUACUACUAAUUUUGUAGUCGAGAAUUCGAAAGUAACAAAUGUAAAUUAUAUUGAUCAUAUGCUUACUGCCACUAUAGUCGGUAAUAUUAACAACGCACUUAAUGAUACGAAAGCGACAGACAUAAAUGUAAUUGCCAGCUUAGCUACUGCCUCUAAAGUUGAUAAUACUAACAAUGCACUAAAGCAUGCGAUCGCAAUUGAUGGCAAAGUUGCUCCCAGUUUGACUAAUCUUAUGGAAGCCAACAACACUAACAAAACGUUUGAAAACGAACAAAUGAAAGCAACAGGCGCAAAUUUUAAUUUUAAAUCUAUUGACAAUAUUUCUACUGCCACAAAAGCCAAUAAUACUAACAACACCCUUAAUGAUAUAAAUCUGGCAGAAACAUAUGCAACUGAGAACUUAACGAAUGCCAUUCAAGUCGAUAAUACUACACUUAGGAAUACAAAUGUAACAUAUGUAAAUUGUAUCGACUAUUUAUCUACUGCUAGUAAAGUCGAUAAUAUUAACAAUGAUGAAACCUUAAAUGCUGCCACUGAAGUAGAUAAUACUAACAGCAGACUCUGGGAUCCGAAUACAGACAUUAAUUUUAAUGUUAACUUACAACACGUCAAUACACUCAAGGAAAUGAAAGCGAUAGAUGUAAAUACAAUUGACAAUUUAAUUACUGCUACUGAAGCCAAUAAUACCAACAAAGCACUGUAUGAAUUGAAAGCGAUAGAUGAAAAUGGUAUUGACAGUUCAACUAUGGCUAUUGAAACUUCUGAGUCUUACAAUGUAUUGAAAGGCAUGACACCAAUUGAUGUACCACCAAUUAAUAUUGUAUUAAUUACAACAAAUCAAUCUCAUAUUCUAAAUGAUACAAGUUUAAAAGAUUUUAGGGAAAACGUAAUGCCAUUGGAUAAAGCUGAUAAUAACAUAAGUACUACAGAAUUACAAAAUUAUCUAAACGCUAAUAUUUACAGUGACAAUAUUACUGAAAAUGCAAGUAACAAAAAUAAUUUGCAUUCAGUGGCCGCUAAAUCGAGCGAAGGCUAUACUUUGAUAUAUAACAAUGAAAAUUUUACAUUAACUAACACCACUUUAGAGGUAAAUAAGUUAAACACAAAUAAUAAAAACAAUACCCUAACAUAUGACACAGGUAUCAUCAUUCCUGAAAACAACGUAAAUGUUUCAAGUUUCAUCUCACUAUUAGAUAUAAAAAAACAGGGUAAAAAUAUAAGCAAGGUAGAACAGGAGUUUAGCAAUUUAAAUAUACAAGAUAAAAGUAUAUCAAACCAGCAAAUAAAAAAUGCAACUAAACUAUUAAUGAUUUUAAGUUCUGUAACAAAGAAACCAUUUCUCAUCCAAAACGUAACUUUGGAAAUUGCAAACAUACAUGAUACAUUUGGAGAUGCGUUAAACAUCACGACUAUAAACACAUACAACACAUUAAGCAAAACUCAAGUAAAUAAUACAAGAAAGGCUCAAAAUAAUAGUGUUGACACAUUAAUAAAUAAAACAGGGAACAACGUAAAUAUAUCAAGUGCAAACGUUGAGAUCAAAGAAAAUUUAACCACUCCUGUGCUUAAAAAUGAAACUAAAAAAGGACAAGACAGCAGUAAAAUGUCAAAUGUCGACUUAAAUAAUAAAAAUAAGUUCAGUUGCAAUAAUCGUAAUCGCGGUAAAUAUUCAGAUGAUAAUGAUUGUCAAUACUUUUAUAUAUGCAUAGGAAGUCAAUACGAACCAAUUCAUGGAAUAUGUCCUAACAAUACAGUUUUUAGUGAAAUUUCAAAACAGUGCACAAAAAAUUUGUCACAUUGUAUCAGAAAUAAUCAAUUUCAGUGUACAUCAGAAGGAAGGUACAUAGACGUUUUUUCAGAUCAGUUCUACUAUAUAUGUGUAAAGAAAGCAGAUCGAUACAUAAGAUUUAAACUAAAGUGUCAGAAAGGUUAUAGUCUUAAUAAAUCAAAAUUACAAUGCAUUUUAGAUUCACUAAAUGGGUUUAAAUCCAAUGAAGACGGCUCAAAGAUAGAUAGUGCAAGAAGUACAGCGGAGAGUAAAUCAAUAGACUCAAAAGAACAAAAAAACGAUUUUGAAUGUAAUAAAGAAGGAAAAUUUGUGUUUAAGGAUGAUUGCAGAAAAUAUUACCAAUGUAAAAGAAGUAGAAAAGCGGAGUUUCGUCGAAAGAUUAAAAAGUGUGAUUCCGGAGAAGUUUUUAAUCAUAAAAAGAAAAAAUGUGUGAAUGAGGAAAGUUAUGAAUGUGAAGAUUAAAUUUACUACGAUAUGUAUAUACUUACUUUUAAUUAUUUAUUUUACUAACAAUUGGCAUUAAUUUUUACAUUA